UCGUAUACCAUGAAAAAAGAAACAAAGAAAUGAAGACUGACAAAUUGCAUAUCACGAACGAACUGUGUCCUCUGUGCUAAGCGUCUGUUUUUUGAUCUCUUGAAAAUUCGAAUAAAAGAAGAAAAAACAAUUAAAAAUGGAGAGAAGGCAGAUCUACGCGGUGGCGUUCCUUUUAUUCAGCUUAAUUGGCCGCAUAUCUUCUCUCUCCGUCACCGUAAACGACGUCGAAUGUGUCUACGAGUACGUCCUCUACGAAGGCGACACGGUUUCUGGAAACUUCGUGGUGGUCGAUCACGACAUCUUCUGGAGCUCCGAUCACCCCGGCAUCGAUCUCACGGUGACAUCUCCUGCAGAUAAUGUAGUUCACACUGUGAAGGGGACAUCUGGGGAUAAGUUUGAGUUUAAGGCCCCAAGAAGUGGAAUGUACAAAUUCUGCUUUCACAAUCCGUACUCAACACCAGAGACUGUCUCCUUCUAUAUUCAUGUGGGUCAUAUUCCGAAUGAGCAUGAUCUUGCUAAAGACGAACACUUGAAUCCCAUUAAUGUUAAAAUUGCUGAGCUGAGAGAGGCAUUGGAAUCUGUUACAGCAGAGCAGAAAUACUUAAAAGCUCGUGAUGCUCGACAUCGCUUGACCAAUGAGAGUACACGGAAGCGUGUUAUAGGCUACACAGUGGGAGAAUACAUUUUGUUGGCUCUUAUAAGCGCACUUCAGGUUGUCUAUAUUCGCCGGCUCUUCAGCAAGUCAGUGGCAUACAAUCGGGUCUAAGCCACUUGAUUGUAUGUUAAUUAAGGAUAGGGUGAUUCACUAAUGAGUUCAGUGCAGUUACUGUCAUGCACUUAAGAAAAACUGAUCUGUCUGUUUAUACUGUUCAAUUUUUUUACUUCAACCAUAUGGUAAUUUAGAACAUAAAAGUUUACUGCAACAUUCAUGGGCUUUGAGCUGUUUCUCUUCA